AUGAGCGGGGCAAAGGACGAGGUUGCGAACAAGAUACGUGAGGGGACUCAAAGGCGUUUUGAGGAGAUUCAGCGGCUCCGACAGCUGCGGCAGGAACGGCGUGAGGAACUGAAGGAGAAGGCGGCAAAUGCAGCCCCUGUCAGCCCCGCCAGUUUUAUUCCCUUUAUACUCAUUUCUCUUGUGUUCCUGAGUUUUCCCUUGUCGGAGCCAAAAGUUGACUGGCUGCUGGUCAGCCUAUUUGUUGUGUUGAAUGGGCUGUGGACAAUUUUGUUUCGCUCCAGGUCUUGGCUCAACUUGGCCACGAUGAUUCUCUCUAACAUCGCCUUGGUGCGGUGGUCUCCCAUUAUCCCCAAUUUGCCGCAACUGAUCCGUGGGGUCUCCCUCAAAUAUGUCGUCGCCUACGUGGCGGGAAACAUUCUUCUUGUCAUUAUUAUAUACUUUGCCUAUGUCGAGCGGCGCGCGCCGUGGUGUGCGUCAGGGCAGCAGCGCGGGAGGAAAUCCGUACGAAACGACAAGGGGAACGGAGAAAAGAGUGAGACGCUGGAGGAGUUUGCCAGGCGUCGGGAUCGAAUGAAUCGGCUUGACUUGGCAGCCUCAGGGGUGAUUGUGGGAAAUUUGCUCCUACUGGUCCUCCUGGGCGUGGUGCCACUGGAGAUAUUCAUGCAUUCCUUUCGUCAGCUGAUCUCGUUUCUUCGCUAG